AAGUAUCAGAAAUGAAGAGCACCUCGAUAUCGCCUACCGAAGUUCCUGAUAGUAAUGCAUUGGCUUCACUGUCAUCUCUAGUCAAUAGUCUACGUUCAAACUUGACUAAUAUCAAUAAUACAUUGUCAAGUAAACUGCAAUGGUCGUCAGAAGAUGAACUACGAGAUAGCAAAUUAAUCCAAUCUUUACGAGACAUGACUGCAAAUCUGAGUGCUCGAGUGACCACUUUGGAGUCGAAAUCCAAUGCGAAAGACUUGAAAACUUUACAAGUGAAUUUCGACCAAUUCUCUUUAAAGAUUGAUGGUCGGUUCAAUGAUGUGAAUAACAAAAUAGGUGAACUUCAGGAAAAGUGUUCCAAACUAGAAAACAACACUGCUCAUUUAGAAAAUACUGUAAAUAAUAUGCGACUAUCGUACAGUAUGGAUUCAUCAGCAGCUACCACGGUGUAGAUGCUGUUGAUCAACCAUCAGAAAAACUAAAACCUUCGAAUGUAACUGAACCUUGAUCUUUUAAUGUAUA